UGUUUGGUUCCAGGGUGAGGUCUCCCAACGAGAGAAUUGACUGACAGAAAAACCGAAUUGAAGGAAAUACUGAAGUAACCUUCAGUUCCGGCGCGACUAGUUCAUCUUUCUAUAUUCAUGGGAAAAGUGUGGCAACAACAGAUGUACCCCCAGUACUCCUAUUACUACCCCCGAUACCUGCAAGCGAAGCCACCUGUUGCCUCCUCCUCCCAGCCCAUGGCUCCGCCCAGCCCCAGCACCAACAGCAGCACCAACAACAGCAGUAGCUCCAGCACUGCAGGUUGGGAGCAACUCAGUAAAACCAACCUGUACAUCCGAGGCCUUGCCCCAGCCACCACCGACCAUGAUCUGGUCAAGCUUUGCCAGCCGUAUGGCAAAAUUGUAUCAACAAAGGCCAUCCUGGACAAGACGACAAACAAAUGUAAAGGUUACGGCUUUGUGGACUUUGAUAGCCCUGCUGCAGCUCAGAAAGCUGUCACUGCCCUGAAGACCAGCGGGGUCCAAGCCCAGAUGGCUAAGGUGAGGCAACAAGAACAAGACCCAACCAACCUAUAUAUCUCCAACCUGCCGCUGUCGAUGGACGAGCAGGAGCUUGAGACCAUGCUCAAGCCCUUUGGCCAGGUCAUCUCUACCCGAAUACUGAGGGACUCCAAUGGAACCAGUAGAGGAGUGGGCUUUGCAAGGAUGGAGUCGACAGAGAAAUGUGACUCCGUUAUCUCUCACUUCAACGGGAAGUUUAUUAAGACACCACCUGGAGUUACUGUGCCACCGGAGCCCUUACUGUGUAAGUUUGCUGACGGCGGGCAGAAAAAGAGGCAAAGCCAGUAUACAUUUUUGCAGAACAGCCGUGCGUGGGCUAGAGACGGCGAUGCUAGACUGGCUGGAAUGACCCUCACGUACGACACCACCACAGCGGCUAUGCAAAACGGAUUUUAUGCGUCUCCAUACAGCAUCGGAAACAGGAUGAUUGCUCAAACGUCCAUGUCUCCAUAUCUCUCACCUAUCUCCACGUACCAGGUACAGAAUCCCUCCUGGGUUACUCACCAGCCCUACAUCAUGCAGCACCCAGGAGCGGUGAUAUCGCCCUCUAUGGACCAUACUAUGUCACUACAGCCUACAUCCAUGAUGAGCCCUCUCACUCAGCAGAUGAGUCAUCUCUCCAUGGGUAGCACAGGAACGUACAUGGCUGCAAACUCUAUGCAAGGAGCCUAUAUUCCCCAGUACACACACAUGCAGGCCACAAAUGUUCCAGUGGAGGACAACAGUCAGCAACAACAGGUGGAGUCAUCAAGUGAUCAUUCCCCUUACACCUACCAACAAACCAAGUAAUACGGAGUGCCAAGAAGUCGAGGGACUGGAGGGAGGCAUAGGCUGAGAUGAACUCUGCCUUGUUGGCCGCAGAUCGGCAGUUCCAGAGGCUACCGGAGACCUGGAACUCCACGUGGGUCGUGCGCGCUGGGACCACCAGAUUAGAGUGGCCGCGGCCACGCGGUGUGGAGCGUUUGUAUGGUCUGUGCAGAGAGGAGAGAAUCAGAGUGUACAAUCAUUUGACUGUCUUGGUUGUGUCCUCAGGUGUGGUAGGAGCCCAGAAGACAGAGUGGGAUGACAGUUCAAACAAUCAUGGCUGCUUCUGGUGAUGGAUUGUGCGUUAAGGAUUUAUCCCCAUUUUGUACAGAAUUCUGCAAUGAUUUACUUUUGUUUGUGAUAAGAAAAACAUGUGAGACAAUUUUGGUAUGUCCCAUGAGGUGCAAAUAAGUGAUUAAUUUCAUCAAAGGAUUCAAAUUCUCUAAAAAAAUAAGAAAAAGUAGUUGUAUUUUACUAAAGAAAGAAUGUUUAUUUUUUACCAAGAAUUGUCACAUGGAUGCAAGAACCUAUAGAGGAUCAUGUGACUUGUUGUUUAUGGUGCAUGAUAGUAAAGAUGUAUUUUGUUAAUAUUUUUUUAUAAUUUUAAUUGAGUUUUUCCUCUUAUUUUGUACUGAAAUAGAAUUUUCUGAAGUUGUAUUAUUUAUCUUGAAAAUGAUGUUUUGUGCUUGCUGUGUGAGUGUUGCUAUGGUGACGUGUUAAAUGUUUCUUAUUGUAAAGUGAUUUAUCUUAGUGGUCUAGAUUGAUCUUUCCAUCUAGACUACAGUAGCUGUAUAGGCAACCUCCUAGGCUAGAAAUGAGGAAGUCAUGGUGAGAGCUAUUGCCUUGUAAAUCAGUGAAAUAGGGCUUUUCCUUUGGAUAUAGCAAAAUAAAUCUGCUGUGUUUAAAUGUUCUUGCUUUUCCCCUCUGAAAAUGAAUCUAAAGUAGAAGUUUUUGAGAAAAAAUGUUUAGAGUGAAAUUACCCUCUAAAUCUGAUGAUGUUUUAAUAUAAUGUAAUGUUUGUAUAAUCACAGGGCCUUAAAUGUCUCUGGUUGUUUGAAUGUGCUAGAAAUUCUGUUGAAUUAUCACAUUUUGAAUCUUGCCUUUUUUUGAUUACUUGGUGUUGUAGAUUAGCCUAAAAUUAGCUUCUAGGGGUGGGGAUGGAAUAAGGGAGGGUGUGGUUGUGUCUUUUUGGGGGAUUUUGUUGUUCUUUUUCACUUUCAGUUGAAAUGCAAAGAGGCAAACUUCGAUUUAUCAAAGCCUUCCAGUGCAACUUACGGCAAACUUUUAAUGGAGUUUUAGUUGGGGAAAAACUGAGAUGAAUAUGUAGAUAUUAUUGCACCCAGCUCUUUGAUAGGAAACAAACAAGCUCGGCACUUUCAAUUAUGAUUUACUUCACCAAAGAACUGUGAGCUAGUAAAUUGAGGAAAUAGUUUAAUUUCUCUUUCUAACCAGGAUGUAAUUGACGUUUUGCCAGACUAGAUUGCAGUUUGGAGAAUGUGCCUUUUUUGUACAUUUACAUUCAGUUGUCAUACGUUUUAUGGGAAAAUAUGGACACAAACAAGCAUGAAGGAAGAUUUGGAUCCAACAAGUGCCACACACUGAUUUCGUCACUACAGAAAAAUGGAAAAUGCAACGUUAUAAAAUGAAUUGAACCAGGAAAGAAGACAGUUUGAAACUAUGAAAUUUCAAAAAAUACAAUAAUAAUUUGUUUUAACAUUGUGCAACAGAAUGUUAUUGCUAAAGUUUGAUAUUUUUUUUAUCAUAGUAGAUUUGAACAGGCUUUAUGAUUAAGUUGUCUUCCAGAAGCCUGUGUUCUGGCCAAUAGAUGGUAUGUUCUGGCCUGAUGGUUGCACAGACCGACCAGUUAUCUACCUCAGAGUUUACUUUCUCCUCUGUAUUGAGCCGGGUUAGCAGGUCCAGCCCGCCCUUCCAGACCAAACGCCAUGCUCAGGAGCUGGCAAUAUACACUUGUUUUCUUUCAGGUUGUUUUUAAUACUUUUUGAUUUUCUUCAAAAUAAUUGUUUUAUUUUUUAUGACGUAUUAUUAUAAUCAUUCGGAGGAAAAUUGUGCGUUGAGCGUGUUUUAGUUGUGUUCAGAAAUUCAGUUUCAUAGUUUCAAAAGUAGAACUGCUGCUUUCAUCACAAUUCCAGAUUCCAGAGGCUAAUAAAAGUGGUUGAAGAUAAAUAAAAGGUGGAAGUUGUGGUAUUUUCUGGAUCUGUGCUCCUGAGAACAUCAUUGUUGCUUUGUCAGAGUCCAGACAGACUUGCAGCAGCAUUUCCUCUGAAGUCAGCUUAAGUUGAGUUACCAAAGUAAAGGGCCAUUGUGACUAUACUUGAGAUUUCUGUGAAACGCCUGAGACUGAUAACUAAUACUGUUGAAUUCUUGUGAGGGUUAUGCUGCUAGUAAUGUCUGAACCAAGUGCCAAACUGCGUCUGGGUCAAGAGUUGGAAGGGUGCAUAAAGAAGGAAAAGCUCAUUUAAUUAACCAUCAUGUUAAACAGUCAUUCAGUUAUAUUGAAAAGUAGUAAUUUAUGAAGAGAGAAGUUUUUGUACAGAUUGUUUGAAGAAACAAAAGAUUUUCAUAGAGAUAUCUAUAUGAGAGUAAAUACUAUAAUAUUUUUUUUUUUUUUUUUUUACAUGUGCCACACAUUUGCCAGUGGUAACUUGUAUGUCCAGCUUAUGAAAACUUUCCUCUAUAUUUUUGUUUUGUAGAGUUUGUUAAAGCCAAAAAUAUUUUUUUCAGUACAUUGUUACUUAAGCGUUAUUUCUGUUCAUUUCUUCCAAUUUAAAAAAAAUAAAAACUUCCAUUGGAA